CGAGUGGCUAUUUACGCAUGCGUAAAACGGAAGCCUUCCUCUUCGACCCGAAUAACAUCUCGAAAAAAUGAAGCUCGAGCUGUGCAAUUACAGCGGGUACAAAAUCUACCCAGGCCAUGGCAAAAGAUACGUCCGUCUUGAUGGAAAGGUAUUUAACUUUCUAAACAAAAGGAGCGCCAAUGCACUUCUUAUGCGCCGUAACCCCCGUGAAGUACCCUGGACUGUGCUUUAUCGUCGCAAGCACAAGAAGGGAACACAAGAGGAGGUGUCCAAGAAGAGAACUCGCCGUAAUGUCAAGUUUCAGAGAUCUAUUCAGGGUGCAACCAUGGAAAAUAUUUUGGCUAAGAGAAAUCAGAAGCCAGAAGUGAGGAAAGCACAAAGAGAUCAAGCCAUUAGGUAUUGCAGUGUAAUGAUGAUGAUUAAGAUGCCAUUAUUUAAUAAAAUAUUGAUUAAUUUACAACAUUAAGGAACUAAGAUAAGA